AUGGCAGGCACGCUCCUCCCAGGAAUAACUGGGCCCACACAGCUCCUGGAGAACGGCUGCGAGGGCUCGUUCCUCCUCGCGGCAUCACCUGGCAGGAGGUAUGCUGCCUUGGGGGAUCUGUGCUGCCAAGAGGAGGAGUUACAGGAGGAAGUGAGCAGGCUGUGCAGCAUCAGGGAAGAGGAAAGGGAGAUAGACGGGAUCUUCUCUGAGACUCAACAGCUUGAAGAGCCACCACCCCCAGAGAAGCUGGCAGUGUCCACCCCUAAUAUGAAGGAGGAGGCACGGAAAUCCGAGACGGCUAAGAAAAUGGGUACAGCCGACCCGGAGGAAAGUGCAUUAAUUGACUGGUUGGUCUUCAGUCUGGCGGUAGUUGUGGGCUCCCUCCAGAGACUCCUCAGCACAGGCAUCUCCACCCUGAAAGAAGUCAUCACCUUGAAAAAGAAGAGGCUCUUCACGAUCCUGAUCUUGAUGACCCUAGGGGCUCUUGGUCAGUAUUCGCCUCCUACCAGCGGAGGCACAGAGGCACGGAGUGCGAGCUUCAGUGUGAGGGAGUGGAGCUGCUCACGCCUGCUGCGGGACCUUGAUGCUGAUGUGGACGCUGUGGACAAAGGAUGUACCACAGGCUUGGAGGCUCCGGGAGGGGCUGGGCAGCUCUCUGACAAGAUCUGCUUUCCCGGUGUCUGCAGGAACACGCUCGCUCUGUGGGGGGAACAAUCGCAACAGACGCAACAGCUGAGGGAUGAGGUGGCACGCCUGGCUGCAGAGAUCGGCACUAUGAAGAAGGAAGUUCAGCAAAUGAGGGAGGCAGUGUCUGCAACCACACAGAUGUCUGACUGGGCUUUGAAAAGUGCAGGGGCUGCCAUCGACCUGCACAGAUCAUCCAGCAGCUCUGCAUGGCUCUGCAGGGUGUUUUGGUUCCUGUGUGCUCCACACGUUCUGGAUACCUUUGUGCAGACGGAUGCUUCCCCGGGAUAUUGCUGGCCUUUCCAAGGGUCUGGGAGUGAGGUGCUAAUCCGGUUGCCUGCACAAGUACGACCAACGGCCGUCACCGUACAGCACGCCUCCAAGAUAGCCUCUCCGCUGGAGACUGUCAGUAGCGCUCCCCGAGAUUUCACGGUCUCUGGACUGGAUGAGGAAGGCGAGGAUGAAACUCUGCUGGGGACAUUCACCUACGCCGUGCACAAAGAGCCCACCCAGACCUUCCCUCUGCAGAAUGGGAACCCCAGAGCCUUUCGGUUUUUGAAACUUGGCAUACAGAGCAACUGGGGAAAACCAGGAUACACCUGCAUUUAUCGCGUGCAGGUGCAUGGGAAGAUCGUGGGAUCGAGUGCCAUCGGCCAGACACGUGUGGAGACCCUCCCUCACUAA